AGAAACACAUUCCAGGCUGUUUUAGUGUCUUCUGAUUCUAGUUCCUAUGCGAUUUUCCUUUAUCCAGAGGAUGGUUUGCAGUUCUAUAGUACACAUUCCAAAAAUGAUAACACAGUUGUUCCAGCAACUGUUGGCUUUAGUCAACCUUCUAUAUCUUACUUCUUAUGGGAAAAAGCUGGAUCAUACAAUAUAAUUGCUAACGAUGAAGAGAUCCUAAGGAACCUGUGCAUGGCCAGCAAUUUGGGACAACCUGGAGUUUGGGCAUUUGAGAUUGGUGGCUCAAAUGACAUCCUAUCGGCCAAAGCUACUCAGUCUCCUGCCAGUGUAGAAUACAAUGACUAUGAGCAAUUCCAGGAAGUGACCCUACACCCUUCCAUUCUUCACCAAGAUCCCAUUGAAGUAAGCCAUCCAGAAGUCUCCUAUGAUGUUUCUGACAGAGGAGAUAAUUUUCAGACUGGAUACAGCUUACCUGAGCCAGCAAUAGAAGAUAAUUUUCAGCUUCCAUACCAAACUUUAACUGAUCAGCCUCCAGUUAAACUUCCACUCCCAACAGGGAAAAAUCCACCUCUACGGUUUCCAAUCCAUCAAUUUCCCAACCAGCACACUCAGAUUAUUGAAGUAGAAGAAGAUGAUGAAACUGGAAUUG